CUUGCCGUCUCAGAAAAUGUCACUCGCCUUGACCACUUUUCUGCAAUCGCGUCGCGCCGUGCUUCAGACUGCAUUGACCAAGCUGAAAUCGCUCGCUGCUGCCGACGCUGCUGCUCCUACUGCUGCUGCUCCUACUCCUGCUGCUGAUGGCAUCACGCGAGAAUCAUCACCCAUCCUUCAUGUGAUUAUGGGCAACGAGGCGUCCGACCUCGACUCGAUGGCGUGCUCCAUUGCAUUGGCCUUUGCGCUCAACAACCAGCAGGCCAGCAACAGCCAGGCCAACCAGACCGCCGGCCCUGCUGCCAUCCCAGUGCAUCCUGUGGUGCCAGUGCCAUCGGUGUCCAUUAUUCCGUUGAUGAACAUCCCGAGAGCAGAGUUCCCGCUGCGAACGGAAGCGACGUUCAUGUUCCACCGGCUCAAGCUCGACACAUCGUCGCUGCUCUUCCUGGACGACUUGGACCUGUCGGACCUCGUGGAUACGCUCGUGGGGAAGGCGGGCCCGCCGUCUACCUCGGCUUUGGCGUCGCUGCGCGUGACACUGGUCGACCACAAUCGACUGGCUGCGAAUCAGCGGGCAUUGGAGCCAUUCGUCACCCAAAUCAUUGACCACCAUGUCGACGACGCAAUGUGUGCACGCGCAUCCGGCGUCAACCGAGUGAUUGAAAUGGCGGGCUCUUGCGCCACGCUGAUUGCUCGCUUGCUGUUGGACGCGCAGCCGCAGCGCUCGGCAAGCGAAGUGCUCCCUGAGCCCAUCGCGGAGCUGUUGUACGGCACCAUCUUGCUCGACACUGUGAAUUGCGACUCGACCAAAGGACGGACCACUGAAGCGGACGUGGCGCUGGUGGAACGACUUGCACGGCUGGUGCCAACCCCGCGCCCCGAGCUGUUUUCGCUGCUGAAUGAUGCCAAGUUCUCGCAGGCGUCGCUCACUCUAGACGAGCUGCUUCGCAAGGAUUACAAAGAGGACCUGGCGUCCCCUGUCCCUUUCGGAAUUUCCUCCGUCGGGCUUUCCCUUUUCGAGAUGGCCACUCGGCGAUGCGAACGCGAAACGCUUGUGGCCGCACCAGAAACGCCCAUUGUGUUGCAGGCCGUGCACGCCUUCAUGGCGCGAAAAAACAUUGCGCUGCUCGUCAUCAUGACAUCGUUCUAUGUUGGAGAAAAGUUUUGCCGCCAGCUCGCAGUCAUUGAUCGCGCGCAGCCCGCCCGCGCAAGACAACUUGCCAUUGACUGUGCCGGGGAUGGCAAGGCCAAUCUACAACUGAGAGAAAUUGUGCCUGUGGACUGCUCUGCUGCCACGGAAUCCUUCGCGGAGGGCGAUCACCAGCGGCUCGGUCUCCCCGUGCCAUUCGCGUCCUUUGCUCAGGAGAAUACCGCUGCGUCGCGCAAAGUUGUUCUGCCCCUUGUUCAGCUUCUCCUGAGUCGUCAGUAACCAAGUGUGCGUUGUUAACAGUCAAAGUUGUGAGCUGUUUUGCCAAAGACAUCUUUCAUUCAGGUUGAACUCCAGGCUUUUGUGCGAGAUUUGACAUGUACCUCUGAUUCCUAGACUG